AUGGACCUUGCCUCACCCCCUAAACCAUCGAAACAGGCGUGCGACAACUGUCGCCGACGAAAGAUCAAAUGCUCGCGCGAGCUGCCCUGCGACAAAUGCCAACAUCUGCUACUCUCCUGCUCCUAUAGCGACGUAUUGCGCCGAAAAGGUCCCAAGUUCCGCACUCUCUAUCCCCUGGCUCCCAUCCAUCCGCUGUCUCGGCGUGAUGCAGUCCCCGAGCAGGUCCAUCCCGACAAAGACAUCACCGAUCCACCCGCAUGCCGGAUCAGCUCACCCACCUCACCGGCUUUCACCGUGCCCGACCCGCAAUACUCGACGCCCGACUUGUCGGAAACAUUCUCGCAAUUGCCGCCGGAUCUGGUCUCGUCGCCAGACUCAACCGAUUCAACCGUGGAAUCGACCAAUGGAUAUGCCCUGCCACAUGCGCGGCGUCUCUCGCCUCAGAUUCUACUAGCGCACGUCAAUGUCUACCUCAAGUACCUAUUCCCGAUUAUGCCUGUCGUGCGCAGUGAGCAGCUGCGAUUGGACAGCCAUCAGCCCGGGCGGCUAUCGGCGCGACGAUAUGCCUUUCUGGCAUCUCUGUGUGCGGCCACGCAUAUUCAAUUGAAGCUAGAUGGAGCGACGCCAGUUCCGGACCCGAUCCGACUGCAGAAAUUGGGCAGCGCUCAUUCGGCGAUGUCAGGAGAAGAGCUACUAUCAGAAGCUGUGCGGGCGCAGCGCGAAUGCGAUGUGGUGGAGGAUCUGAGCCUCGAAACUCUUUUGACUUCCUUCUUUCUUUUCGCUGCCUAUGGGAAUCUUGACAAGCAGGACCAUGCGUGGUUUUACUUGUGUCAGGCUACCUCGAUGGUGUUUACCCUGGGCCUCCAUCGCGAAUCCACAUAUGCGAGAUACGGUGCGGAAGAAGCGGAGGAGAGGCGGCGCGUGUUCUGGCUGUUGUUUAUUACAGAAAGAGGAUAUGCGCUCCAACAAUCCAAGCCAGUCAUGCUCCGCAGCUCCAUCCACAAGCCGCAUGUGCUUUGCUCCGAAGAUCCUAUUCUAGCCUACGGCUUCAUCAACCUGAUCAACAUAUUCGAGCAACUGACUGUCAACCUCUAUGACUGGGUCUCAGCCGGCGGCGGCGAUGGGAUCCUGGAGCGACCACCCACAUCCGCCAUCCAAUCGAGUCUGUGCAAAACAAUUUCACUAGACGGGGUCCUUGAGAUUCAGCAAGUUGAUAUCUUGAUCACGCAACAGUGGCUGCAGGCGAUGAUGUGGAAGUUAUCGAUGAACCAUGCCACACAACCCGGCUCGCGCGACGACGCAGUCCUUCCCUUCCAUCUACCAGUGCUGGUUGGCAAAGCCGUAAUGAGCGUCAUCGGAGCCGCAUCCCAAGGGGCGGUCGAUGCGCACGGCAUUGGUAUGGAACAAAAGCUGUUUGACAUGGGCACCUCCGUCGCCGAUGUGACACGGUCCCUGGGGUCGAAAUCAGUCCACCGACUGGCCGAGUCGGCUAUCGACCCUCACGAGCUACUCUGGGGAAUCCUGCAAACCCUCUCUCAAAUCCGCGGCUCGCCCUCCUACCUGUUUCCGUCAUUACUGGAGCGCUGUAAAACUGUUCUAGGAUUGGACUGCACUAUCACAAUAGGCAAUUUCCUUCCGACUCUGGGGGCUGCCGAGCUUGACUACCUGGCCUCGUGGUCUGGCGAGCAUCAGUGGCCUUUGUCGGCUGCCGGCCCUGAUGACAUGGAUAUUCCCAUUGAUCAAGAAAGGGCUCGAGGACCUCAUUUGCCCGCUGCGCCAGAAAGUUCGCCAGGCAUGGGGUUUCAAGCCUGUCUGCUGAAAUGA